AUGAGCAGCACAGCAUCUUCUGCUCCAGGAAAACUCAAACCUGCUGUCUCGAAGAAGUCCACAGCUGAGCCCCAGGUCGGGGCGGUAGCUGCUGAUGAUACGGCAACGAAAACGAAGAGCGUCACGAUCAUUCCUGAAGAUGGAGAGAAGAAUACUCUUACACAAGAACAACCGGCUGCUAAUAGCGUAACUCCAUUUAAUGAGCAGACGAUAAACCCACUGGCUGCUGGAGCUCCGUACAGCGUGAGAAAAAACGCGGCGCAAGCCAUGAUGGACGGAUCACUGCUCUUUGCCAACUUCUCCCAGAUACGAACACUGACAUCGUCAG